UUGGGCUGGUAUAGCUGCUGUGGAGCUUGUAAUUAGCUACCUGUAUUCAUAACGUUCGUCAAAGUAUUUCUCCGAAUAGCAAAUCUGGUUUGCUGGCAUCUUCAGGAUCUAGGAGCUCCUCCUCUUCACAAGUUGUCCUCUGAUAUUCGGUUGAAGUGUCCUCAUGGCCGAGUGUCAGAGGUCACUGUUGCAGGCCCAGAGGAAGGCUCUACCCAUUGCCUCUGCUCGAGAUGCACUGCUGAGGGAGAUACGAUCUCACGAUUGUUGUGUGGUGGUCGGGGAGACAGGCAGUGGGAAGACAACGCAAAUACCACAAUAUAUCCUAGAGUCUGGUCUUGGUCGGAAGGGUUGUGUGGGCGUGACCCAGCCGAGGAGAGUGGCGGCUGUGAGCAUUGCCAUCAGAGUGGCUCUGGAGAGAUGCUGUCCACUAGGACAAGAGGUUGGCUACAGUGUUAGGUUUGAUGAUAAGUCCUCCCCUGCUACCAAGCUCAAGUACCUCACUGAUGGUAUGCUGCUGAGAGAGGCCAUCUCAGACCCACUACUCAGCAGGUACAGUGUUAUCUUGUUGGACGAGGCUCACGAGAGAACGGUACACACCGACAUUCUGUUUGGAGUGGUCAAGACUGCUCAAAAAAUACGCUCUGAGAAACAACUCAAGAAGCUUCGUAUCAUCGUCAUGUCAGCUACCCUAGCUGCCGAAUCAUUCUCAAACUAUUUCAACAAAGCCAAGAUCCUCUACAUACAAGGCAGGCAGUUCCCAGUAGAGAUAUUCUACACGGCUAUUAAGCAGCAGGACUAUACACACGCCACCGUCACUACAGUGCUACAACUUCACGAAGACUCAGAGAAAAAAGGCGAUAUUUUAGUGUUUUUAACCGGACGAGAGGAAAUUGAAAGCGUUAACUCUUUAUUAACUCUAUGCAAAGUUAUGUUCCCUUCCGAUUGGUUGGAUAUGAUUGUAUUCCCGUUCUACGCUGCCCUGCCCACUAAGAAACAACAGGAUGCUUUCCUACCAGCUAGAGGGGGUGCUCGAAAGGUCAUCCUCUCCACAAACGUUGCCGAGACAUCAAUAACCAUUCCCAACAUACGCUAUGUGGUGGACUGUGGCAUGGUGAAGGCCAAGGGCUACAAUCCUCACAUUGGACUGGACCUGCUCAGUGUGCAGCCCGUCUCAAAGGCUCAGGCCAGACAGAGAGCUGGUCGUGCUGGUAGGGAGGCACCUGGCGCUUGUUACCGGCUCUACACUGAGGACUACUUUGCAGAACUCCUCAACGACACUGUACCUGAGAUCCAACGCUCUUCCCUCUCCUCUGUCAUCCUGCAACUACUAGCUCUCGGAAUCUCAAACAUUGUCGAAUUUGACUUUAUGGACCCUCCGUCAGAAGAGUCCCUCGUGAGAGCUCUAGAGCAGCUGUAUUUACUGGGGGCCAUAGAAACAGACAGCUCAGAAGAGGGAGUCAAAUUAACUGCUCUGGGUCUCAAAAUGGCCCAGUUUCCAUUAGAACCAUCUCUGGCUAAGACUCUGCUAUCUGCAGGGGAGCAUGGAUGUGGCGUGGAGAUUGUGAAUAUUGUAUCCAUGUUGUCUGUUGACUCGGUCUUGUUCACUCCUCAAGAUAAGAGAGAACGAGCGCUCGAGAGUAGGAGAAAGUUUGUGUCACCUGACGGAGAUCAUCUCAUGCUGCUCAAGAUAUACCGUGCCUUCAAGAGUGUCAAGGGUAACAAGUCGUGGUGUCACGAGAACUUCAUUCACAUGCGUCACAUGAGCACAGUGAUGGAUGUACGCCGUCAGCUGACUGAGCUGUGUGGACGCGUGGGCGUGGAGCUCGGCACUGGAGGGGCUGAGUGUAGUGAAGGUGUGAGGAGAGCUCUCAUUGGUGGACUGUUUAUGAACAUAGCGGAGCACGCAGGAGAGGGGAAGUACCUCACGCACAAGACACGGCAGCAGGUGUACAUUCACCCGAGCUCGUGUCUAUUCCACGUCAAGCCACACCCACCCUGUGUAGUGUACUCGGAGCUGGUCUACACAUCCAAAUGCUACAUGAGGAAUGUGUCCGUGGUAGAGUCUGACUGGUCGACCACACCCACCACCCCUCGCUAGAUUGAACUCUGAACUGAUACCAUAAUAUUGUUGUCCACCUACUCAUUCACUAACUUCCUACUGUGUACUGUCAUCACCUAUUGACCUUUUCUUUCAUGCAGUGUCUACGCAUAA